AUGGAAUCUCGCUUGUUAAAGCUCGCCGGAGAGCUCCGUAACCACAUCUACGAGCUUGUCGCCGCCGAUGGUCUUCCUGUCACCGUCAAGCAUGUCGGCGACGAUGGAUCUCCCGGAAAAGGAACGUUCGCAGGACUCACGCGGACCUGCCGUCAAAUUCGCACGGAGUGCCUUCCAGUCUACCGACAAUACGCCAGGAUUUCGAUCCACUACGAGGAUCUGGUACAGUGGACGCGGCUACAGAGCGUUCUCGUCCAUGAGCUCCAUGUCCAGAUAUCGAAGCACCAUAGAGAGCUCAACCGCGUCGACUGGCUCCCAAUCAUCCGAGCAAGAGCUAUUUCGUUGUCGUCUCAAGGUCCCUCCAACAGCCCUUUUCGCACAAAGGUCCACUUUGCCGAGCAGGGCCUCAAGGACUGA